UACUUCGGACUGUGCCUCUGUCACUAAGAUGCUAUUUUGGGGACUUGUGUUGGUCAGAUAAAGAAGCAAAGGCAUCCUCGCAAAGCCGAAGGAGAGUGUCGAGUGAAUGGAGCAGUGAUACAAAAGACAGAGAAAGAGUGCAGAACUGCAUUGAACAGGCUUGUUGAAAAGUCAGAUUUAACUGCUGCUUUAAUGGAUAGAGACGCCUUGAACCAGGAGACACCGGAGUCUUCAGAUGGGACCAGGCAGACUGACCCAAGUGACACCAAGCAGACAGAUGAAAGGCAGCUUGUUUACAGCAACAAUCCAGAAGGCGGGACUCCAGAGGCUUGCGUGGAGAAAGGUCAUGAACGAAAGGCUGAGGUUGGGGAGGAUCCACCAACACAAAUGAGGAGUGAAGAGGCUGUGGACACACACACACACCGGACAACGGCUUCAAAGUUAGAUGAAUGUGACACAAAAGGGGAUGGACAAGACCAAAAGGAUCCUGAAGAGAAAGAGAAGGGGGAAGAUAGGGAGGAGCUCAAAAAUACAGCUCUAGGGGUGGGGAAGGGUGAGAGAAAAGACAUAGUUAAAGAAAAGGUAAGUGAAGACAAAUGUGUUGUUAAAAACGCAGAAAAGGGGGAGGAGGAGAAAAAAAUGGUUAAAAGGGAUCCAACAAAAGAUAAAGAAGGGGUAAAAGAGGAAGAAAAACAAGGGAAGGCCAAAAGAAACGCAAGACAAACACCUCACGCUCCAUCCCGUCCCAGGCCCUCGGUUCGCUCUGGCCGGCCAUCGAAAAAGAGCGACAUCAUUGCCAAGUUCCAAGAGGGUGCACCAGAAACGCCAAUCCCGCGCAACUUAAAAAUUCAAAUGUCAUCCACCGCGUCGGCCACGGGAUCUUCCAUCAAGCAGAGGAUGCUGCAGUGGUGCCGCAGCAAAACGCAGCACUAUCCGGGUGUCAACAUAGAAAACUUCUCCUCCUCUUGGUGUGAUGGGAUGGCUUUCUGUGCAUUGAUCCAUCGCUUCUUCCCCGAGGCUUUUGACUACAGUGCCUUGAAACCCACUGAAAGGGAAAAGAACUUCACACUGGCAUUCCAGACUGCAGAGUCACUGGCCGACUGCUGGCCACUGCUGGAAGUGUCUGACAUGCUCAUGAUGGGCGACAAUCCGGACCCCAUGUGUGUGUUCACUUAUGUUCAGUCCUUGUGUCACAGCCUCUCCAAACUUGAGAAAGAGAAGAAAGAGAAAGAGGAGAAGGCCAAAGAGGGCAAUAAGAAGGAUGACAAUAGAGAGGAUGCCGCCAAAGAGCUGGCAGCGGAUAAGGAUGAGGCCGAACAUUCUCAGAAACGGGCACCGAUGAGUGGCCAGGACGAGAAAGGUUGUGGUGACUCCGAAGCAACUGGAGAGGAAGAAGAGACAUCAAACAGCUGUGAAACACAGGGAGAUGGAAGAGUUUUUGUGGGGGCAGAGUCCUAGAAAGGAAACGACCCCCGUUUUGUGGGGCCACUGAAUUGAGAAUGUCUUAGUUUGUUGGUGGUUUUGACACGGUCUUAUGUAAGCUACUGUAUGUCGUGUUUAUUUUUGUAUAAGCUGCGUUUGUUUUUGUGCACAUAAAGUAGACAACUUUUGUUUUUAUUGGUUGUAUAUACAGAGAAAGUAGCAAUUAAUACUUUUAAUUUAAAGAGACAUUUAAGAGUUGUAGAAUGGAAAAACAAUGGAGUGCUGGACAUAAAGAAUGAUUCUAAUCACAGCUAUUUGAUCAAUUAAAUAUUAAAGACACGAACGGUUUGUAGAGUGG